AUGUUUGUUUCUCUGUUUUCUAUUUUAUUUUAUCUUGCUUAUUUAUUCAAUAGAGUAAAUGGGUUACCUAUAAUAAGUAAUAAUCUACAUACAUGGUGGCAUAAUAAUAUCGAAUACAAUGACAAUUCUCCAGUUCGAGAUAGUUCUGUUCGCGCUUCAAAUAUUUAUAGUGUUCAAGUAGCAACAACUGAUUUACAUCAGAAUAAUCUAUACGAUUCAUUUACUUAUAUGAGUAUACCGCGAGGUGGUCGUCAAAAAUGGGAAUAUGACUCUUCAGAUGGAGCUGAAUUUGCUGAAAAAACUAAAUUAACAAUGAGUUGGUCAACAUUUCAAUACUUAACAGAUGUUUGGGUUAUUGUAAAAUUAAAUAAUUCAAUGAGUACGAUUGAUUCCAUUGAUCAUGUUACUAUCAGACCAAUAACUUUAAAUUUCAAAAAGGAAUUAGUCGAUAGUCGAACUAUUCGUAUUUCAGUGCCAUAUCGUGCAGCUGGAUAUAGAUUUUCGGUUGAAUUUAAGAAACAAUUAUUUACAACUUAUCAUACAAACUAUGGUCCUUCAGAAAACACUGGCGGUCAGGCAAUUCAUACCGAGCCACGUCAUGCAUUAUUGAUCUUUGCCGAAUCGAUAGUGACUGGCGAUCAGAUUGACGAAUACAUUCCGAAUCCUCAUAUUCAUUAUAAUAACAUUUACUAUGUUCCGCAAGGAGAAGUGAAAAAUUUGAAUAUAAUUAAAGAGACUGUCGCUUAUUUUGAGCCAGGGAUUUAUUAUAUGCCUUGGAAUUAUCAUGCUAUUUUCCCAACUAAUGUUCAUUGGAUUUAUUUAGCUCCAGGAGCGUAUGUCAAAGGUGCUUUUCAAUUUCAAUCUACUGAUAAUAUAAAAGUAACAGGAUUUGGUGUCCUAUCAGGAGAAAAAUAUGUAUACGAAGCUGAUGUUGCUAACAAUUAUCACCAUAGUAUAAAUAAUCAAUGUUGGGCAACAUGUGUUAAAAUGCUUCGCUUUACUUCUGACUACGGAAAAGAACAAUAUCUUCAACUUCACGGUAUCACUAUAUCGGAACCGCCUUAUCAUUCGUUUGUUGUCUAUGGUGAUGAUCAGACAUUCCACAUGUCUGUUUCAUCCUAUCAUCAGGUUGGCAGCUGGUAUUGGCAAACUGACGGCUUAGAGAUCUACCGAGGUAGUUCACUUGCGAACACAUUCUUCCAUUCAAAUGACGAUGUGUUAAAGAUCUAUCAUUCUGAUGUUAUUGUUAGAAAUAUUGUCGUAUGGAAAAAUGAAAACGGACCUGUUAUACAAUGGGGCUGGUCGCCGCGAACCAUUAAUAAUGUGACAGUGGAUCAAAUUGAUAUUAUUCACAAUAGAAUAUGGUGGUCUGAUAUAAAACAUAAUACGUGUAUUAUUAAUUCAGCAACACAUUAUGACGAUACGGAAUCAACUAAUACGGCAGAUCCGAAUCAAUUGAUUGAGGACUUGAUCAUUUCAAAUAUUCGAUCUGAAGGAAUGAAUUCUUGUGCCAUGCGUAUUUAUGCUCUUUCGAGUAUUCAAUCUAUUACAAUAAAAAAUCUUUGGAUUGAGCAAUGGAAUCAAUUGGACAAAUCAUCACAGAUCAGUAUUUUCAAAGCUUAUGAAGAUAAAAAUGGUAAUCAAGUCACGAUUGGAAAUCAAUCCAACGAUAAAAAAGGUUUAGCACUUAUCAACUAUACAGUAGGAACUACAAAGAUUACUAAAGUGGCAAAUAAUUGGCAAGAUACUAGCGUCGGACGUUUAUAUUUUGAUGCUAAUCUAUGGGACAGUUGGGAUGCAUAUUAA